AACCAUCGUAUCUUUCUCAUCUCAAUGAAGAGGGAGAGAGGGAGAGAGAGAGGAGGGGAAGGACCUGCUCGUGCGUGUGUUUUUUCUUAAACUAGUUGACACUAGCAAGAGGAGACGGCGGCAUCCUCUGUCCCGCAUCACCUCCAGAAUUUCUUGCGUUAUGCUGUAAACAGACCUUCACGUGAACGCACGAGGAUCCGCAUCCCGAAACCAACCUGUUCCGUCGUUUUUUUUUCACGUGUUCCCUCCAAUGCUUUGACAUCUGGAAUGUGCUGUUUUCUUGCAAGCGUUGUUUCCAUGCCAGCAUGGGAACUGCAGUGUCCAAAAGGAAGAAUCUGAGAAAUGAUGCGAUUUCUUCGGUGGCAGCCAAAGUUAGAGCAGCUCGUGCAUUCGGAGAGUACCUUCACACCCAUCCUGAGAAUCGCAACGGAUCAGAUCACUUACUGUCUGACACCCUCGUUGGCCACGACUCUGACUCCCCAGACAGCCUGUGCACUCAGAACAACAACUUCCACAGCUGCACCCUCCAGGGCUCCGCCGUCGGCGCCGACCCCAGCUUGAUCAACCCCGCCCUGGGCCUUCUGGAACCGCCACCUCCCACGACUUCCUCCAAGAGCCGGCUGUCCCUAGAGCGCAGCUUUUCGGCAGAGGAGGACCAGCAGAAGUGUGUGGAGUGCGCUCUCCAGCCUGCUCGGGUCUACACCAUCACUGGAGAGAGCGGCAUGCUGGGAACCAGCCGGGGAAGCAAGGAGAACCUGGAGCUCGAGGUCUUGAAAGGAGCGCAGGAGGCAGCGCUCGCCCAGCCCUCUACAUCCUCCAAUUCGUCUUCUCCGACCCAGCACCACCACCACCGUGGAAGUGGCAGCGGAAGCGGAAGUGGAAGUGGAUCCGGAAACCAUCAUCACGGCAACCAUCAUCACGGCAACCACCAUCAUGGCAACGCCAGCGGAGGUGGAAGCAGCGGAACCAGCGGAUCAAACCCCCACCAGCACAUCUCAGGCGCGGGAACGUCGCACCAUCACCACGGGGUGCCCCAUCACCACCACCACCUUUCCCAGCCUCUGCAGAGCUCGGUCAGCGCACAUAACAUCCGCGGCUGGGGGGAGGGAAAGGAAUGCGGUCUGGCGUGCGAGGCCUGUCCCGGGGCUCCCUCGCGCAGCCAGGGCUCCCUGGACCUGGAAAGCAGCACCCGAGAGGCAGGCAAGCAGCGCCGGCCACCACUAGAGCGGAUGUGCAGUGUGGACCGCGUGACUGGGCUGGAGCGAGAAGAUAACAGUUGGUUACCUAAAGAAAACAUGUUCAGCUUUCAGACUGCUACAACGACCAUGCAGGCGAUUUCAAAUUUCCGGAAGCAUUUAAGAAUGGUGGGCAGCAGAAGAAUGAAAGCACAAACAUUUGCAGAGCGCAGGACGAAGAGUUUCAACCGAUCCUGGAGCGAUCCGACCCCUGUCAAACAAGACUCCCUAAACGACUCAAAAGACAGCGGGGAUCUGCAGCCGACCUGCGGUACUCCAGAGGAGGGCGGGUGUGAAGACAUGGACUGGGAGGAGGAGAGAGAGAUGGAGAAGCUGGCGUGUGAGGGAGAUGAUUUUAUCCCUCCCAAAAUUAUGUUGAUCUCAUCUAAAGUUCCUAAAGCAGAAUAUGUUCCCAACAUAAUUCGAAGGGACGAUCCAUCUAUUAUACCCAUACUCUAUGAUCAUGAGCAUGCCACGUUUGAUGAUAUUUUGGAGGAAAUUGAGAAGAGAUUGACAGCCUACAGGAGGGGCAGUAAGAUCUGGCGCAUGCUGAUCUUCUGUCAGGUGAGAGAAAAACGAAGCCAACAGACAAAAAUGACAAGAAAUGAGAGUGGAGGCCCGGGGCACCUGUAUCUUCUGAAGAAUAAAGUGGCCACUUUUGCAAAGGUCGAGAAAGAGGAAGACAUGAGCCAGUUUUGGAAACGUCUGAGCCGGUUUAUGAGUAAAGUGAAUCCAGAGCCUAACCUGAUCCACAUCAUGGGUUGUUAUGUCCUGGGCAAUCCUAAUGGAGAGAAGCUGUUCCAGAAACUGAAGAACCUGAUGAGGCCUUAUUCUGUCACGUUUGAGUCACCGCUGGAGCUCUCCGCUCAGGGCAAAGAGAUGAUUGAGAUGUACUUUGACUUCCGUCUGUUUCGACUUUGGAAAACGCGGCAGCACUCAAAACUCCUGGACUAUGAAGAUCUCUUGUGACCCAGUGCGGGUCAGUGUGCACGUAGCAUUGCGGGCAGGACGUCCCACUGUAAAACUCCAUUCCACCAGCUUUCAUUUUGGAGUACAGGAGGAAGAGCAGUGGAGAUGGACACAGCCACUUCGCUGCCAUCGCUGCGUCUCGAGUAUUGUUUAUUUCAGCUCACCUCUGUGGACUGCGGCCACCUCAGAACGGUAACACACAAGAAGUGGUUCAAAACACAAGGGAAAUGCGGAUGUGUGGUGUUUUUGUUCUCUAAUGGAGAAAAGAGAAGAUGUUUCUCAGAACUUGUUGACAGUCUAUCGACUGCUUUUGUUUUUAAACUAACAUAUCGCCGACUUAUUGAUCACUAGCCGAGACCGUUGUGCUUACAAGUGUCACGCCGAAAAUUUACCUACCAGAACACAAAAAUGGUCCUAUAUGAAAUAACAACUAAUAUAUCGGUAUACAUACAGGAUAUACAUCUCAUGAGUAUAUAGAGUAGCUAUAGUCACGCAAAUAAUCUAAAUGUCAAUGGUACACAAUUUACUUUUUCAAUGUUUAUUGUCGUGGUCUUUCUAAUGAACUAUUUUGAAUAACUCAGGUUUUAGGCUUUACGGAUAUAUUAAUUACUCCCCUAUCCAGAUGUGUGGAAGUCAUUUAGAUGGAAAGAAUGUUCAUUCUGUCGACAUACUUCGUAGAUUUAGUAAUCUAUCAUCACGUUUUGCUUUCGGCACAACUCCCUUCACCGAAAAACAUUACAAAACCAUACACGGUCCACAAACUGGGAAAUCGUGACUUCCAGUCAUAUAAUAAUAGAAACACUGACCUCAAUAUAGCCAGACAUCUACGCCAGGUGCACCUGAAGCGUCAGCAGGAACAUAGCAGACGUUACAGAAAUGCUCAAAAAAAACCCCGCUUUUGUCAAUGUGUUCAUAACAAUUAGGCUGUUUUCACACUUGGUUUGAACCUGUCUGUCUUUAAACAUAGUAUUUGUAUUUGGCUUCAAGUGGCAGUAUAUUUGCAUCUUUUAUCAAAAAAGGGAGUGCACUUUUUUUACUUAAUUGUUUGGGUUUAGUCUCUAAUUUUAACCUUGGCACUUUGAUCUGUACUAAAUAUACAGCAAACGUUUUAGUAAAAAAAAAAAAAAAGAAAUUAAAAUUUUAUUCAGCAAGGAUUGAUUAACUUGAUCAAAAGACUGGAAUAGUGGCUGCUAAAAUUUCAGCUUUGCUUCACAAGAAAAAAUGACAUUUUAAUAUAUAUUGAAAUAGAAAAAACUUAAAUUGUAAUAAUAUUUCACAAUAUUGCUGUUUUUACUGUAUUUUUAAUCAAAUGAAUGCAGUCUUAAAUCCGUAAAUCUAACUAACCCCAAACAUUUGAAUGUUAGUGCCAUCAGUACCUUCUGGCAACCACAAAAAAGGCUGGAUUACUUUUAUAAUAACUGUGAAUCACGCUCGACUCCACACGAACCCUUGUUUUCGUGAUACCAGAAGCCGAUUUCACUAAAUGGAUUUGGGUUCACAUCAUAAGCUUUAGUGUGAAAACAGCCUCUCUCUAUUAAGUCUAAAGCCGUUGGAGUUGUGGGUCAUGAAAAGGCGUUAUUCUGAAGGUCAUUGUUGCCUUUUGGGGUAGGAUGGUAUUUGAUGGCCGUAUAUGGAUAAUAGAACCGUUUAGAGCGCUCUAUGGCAGCUUGCAGGUGUAAACUCUAUGCAUUCUUCUUCUUCUUCCAUUAGUAGCUUUCAAAGGUUUUGAGCAACUCGGGAGUUGUUUCUCAUGUGAAUGUUCUAAUGUACUCAGCUAAUAAGCCAUACCCUCUUUAGCAAGCUGCUCAGACUGAUGGCUCUUUGAUGUGGAUGGCUUCAGGCACUCAUGAAGAACAUCCAGCUGGUUGAACGAUGGUUGAACGAUCUUCUCUUAUGCUAACUGGCUACUCCUUUAGUGUUGUUCAGGAAAUCUUUAACUUAAUUGAUAGACAGAAUGAGGUCUUGCCCCAUGGAAAUUAGUGAAGUAUGCUGUACCAAGCCAUCUUAUGAGAGAGAAAGAAACUCCAACAACAUGCUAAUAGAAUGCUAAGUAACCUACCUUGCCAAGAUGUGCAUCAACUGGGAAUGCAUCCAUUUGAUACAUUAGAUUUAGAGAUAAUUAAAUGGGGUUUAAUAUUAAAACUCCCUCCCUUAAUUAAAUUUAUGGUGCACAACUAAAACUAAGGUUUAUUUCCCAGAAAAAUGUAAACACUGUGGUAAAAUCCAUUGGCUUGAGUUAGGGGACAGGACUUAUCAGUACGGAAAGAAAAAAGUAUUAAUACUAUGUGUGUGGCUACCGAGAACAGCUUGGUUACCAACAUUCUUCAAUAUAUGAAUAAAGAAAAUAAUGCAGGUUUUGAACAAUAUAAGGAUGAUUUAAUUUACGAUUUCUAAGACGUCUGAUAAACAGUUAUCAAAAAGCAUUGUUUAUUAAAACACUAAAAAAUGUAAAUUUAUUUUUAAUGUAUUUUUUUAAGGUAAACUACACAAUACAUACUGCCGCUAUCAACAAUACAAAUUACAAUAUUGUUACAUCCCUGGUUGUCGACUUGCGUUCAUGUAUGGUACAUUUUUUUAUCACAAAUGCAUAAAAAAAAUAACGCGACAAGGAACAUUUUAGCAACAUAUUCAUCUAUUAAAACUAAAAACGCACUAAAACGCCCACUUUGAAUGGACAUCUUGGCAAUGUACAUGUAACUUCCAAGAAAUUUAGCCACGCAUUCCUCAUUUUAAAGGUACAAAAAGUGAUCCAAUAUGGCAAACAUACACAAAAGCUAGUGAGGUAAAGCUUUAAUCAGCCUGCAGAGAUGCACUGGAAGUGUCUGGAUAUAGAAUACAGUAGGGUUGUGCUAUCUCUUUAGCCUAGCUGACACGCUGCUUCCCCUAAAGGGCUGCACCCUGGCCAGAAAAUAGGUUGUAAAUGAAUUGGACCUGAUCCUCUAGCAAUUCCAGUCAUUAUGGGGCCAUCUGUGACUCACAGUAGGCAUCAGAGAGCCUGGCAUGUCAGAGGGAAAGAGAGAAUCUACAAUCACUAUACUACAGACGGCAACAUCGCGCUAUAGCGGGAACAUUUGGUGGCAAGAGCGAAUGUUAUGUCGGGACGUCCAGUAUGAACAGAAUGCAUCAAAUGGAGGGCACUUGUAUCACUAAAAUCGCUUAUUACAACUGUUCUGUACAAAUGUUUGCACAUUUAUUCAUUUACUUUUGAAUAGUGUUUUAAAGCUGUUUGUCAAUGUAGCAAUAUAUGUAAUUCCUAUAUGAUGUAAAUGUUAAUGUUUUGAGCUUUUUACUAAUUUAUUAUAUUUAUUAUAUAUUUAUUCUAUUUAUUUUGUACUUGUGCUGGACAGUAAUGGCUGUUUGUGCAGAGCCUUCUUUUUUUGUUGAGGAAGAAUCUUGAUUCUUCAUUCUACACAAAGCUUUGGCAAUGUCUGAGGAAUCCACUUUAUAAAUUGAUUAUUUUUUUCUGAUUAGCCUCAAGAAAUGUUUUCCGGUAAUACUUUUUUUUUACUUUAUAAUACUUAACCCGUAACACUAAUGCAUUAGGCACAAUAAACAACAUAUUUUUUACGAAUCAGUGUUAGUUUAAUGUUAUAUACAUUAUAUUUUAUUUUUGAUUUAAAAGCUGCUAUUUUUACUUUUUUAUUUUAAUUUAGCUUUUGCUAUUUAUUUUUUUGUGUAAUUAGUUUAGUGUUUUAAGUUAUCAAACAAAUUAUACGUAUUAUACUUCGGAAUAGCAGAAUUUUUAUUUUAAUUGACAAUGAGAACUCUUUAUUCUAGCUUAAUUUUAUUUAUUAAUUUAAAUAUAUAUUUUUGUUCAUUUUAACGCAUAAUUAUAUACAUUAAUAAUAUACGAACAAUGAUAAUUAAUUGUUUAAUGUUUAUUUAUCCGAAUGAAAAUGUUUCAAAUAUAUUUGUAGAAGUUAACAUUAACUUUGAUUAAUACCUGCUGUAAAUGUUGUUUAUUUUUAGCGCUUUAAACCCAUGCAUUAACAUUUAUGUUAAGAAAUUAAACCUUAUUGUAAAGUCUUACUGAUCUCACUUGCCAAUUUGCCUGUACUUGAUACAAACAGAGACAAUUUAUAGAAAGCUGACAAGUUCGGCUCCUGCCCAAAUGUCAUCGAUAACCCGACCCCUAACCCCUAGUCCCAAAGAUUCGGCGGUAGAGGUUGAUUCUAAACCAGCUAACCAACAGAAUGUGCAUAUGUUUGUUGAAAGCGUCUGAUGUGCAUGAAUGGGCGGUUUCAGCUGUCACUCUACAUGAUCAGAAGAUUGCCUCAGCUUUAACAGUGUUUAGCCAUCUAAUGUAUUCCCUUUGUUGUUGGGCCUGAACUAAUUAUGUGUAAAAAAUGUAUUAAAGGAGCGGUGCUGUAA